AGUCCGCACCUCUGAAGCCCCCAUUUCUCGGAACACGAUUACAACAACUACAAAUAAAACAGAUACUUCUUAUGCUUACAUUGAUACAGACUUAUAUAUAGCUAAGUUUAAAACAGUUUACAUUCCCACCUCCUUGAUCUACAUGAGCAAACGCGUUUUUCUUGACCCGUUGGUUCCUAGGGUCCGCAGAUGCAAUGCCUGCCAACGCUUCGGACAUCUGGCACAAUAUUGCAGGUCGGGCACGGCCCCUCAUAGGAUCAUUUGUGAGAGAUGCUGUGAGAAAGGACACGCCAAAUCCGUGUGCACUGGUCCUGCGCGAUGCAUCAACUGCAUCAGAGCCCAACUGGACCGAGUGGACCAUGAGGCCUCCGCUGGCACUUGCCCAUCCUUCCUGAAGGAGAAAGGCAUUCGGAUGAUUAUGGCCAGAUUUAACGUCCUACGACCGGAGGCCGACGAGAUAUAUAUUGAAUGCGGAGGAGUUCCCGGCCGGAGAUGGACCCGAUAUUCUCGCGCGAUUCCUAACCCUACUUUGGGUGAUUUUCUACCACCUCGUACGACGGCCCCGUCUUAUGCAGACGUUGUGGCCGCACCAUCAUCAAAACACCCGCCAGUGGAGAUACCGGAUACCUUAAUUAUCCCUUCAACGUUCGAUUCCUGGAGAUGCCUGUGGACACCGAGUGCGGCCUCGCGGUACGCAACUCCGAUGAUCCUGCCGGCUCCUGGAACAAAUUUAUACGAAAAUCCGACGUUUCCCAUGUACUUUACACUGACGGAUCCAGAAAAUGCUAUGGCCUGGCCGAACGAACUUCCUAUGCUCUAGUGUCCCUGAAUCCUCAGUACACUCUGGCUAAACGAAUAAAUAAUCAUUCAUCUAUCUUCGAAUUUGAGGCACUUGCCGUUGGACGGGCUGUCCGAUUUGCUCUGGAUCACUUUUGGACUGACACUAUCGUUGCUUCGGACUCUCUAAGCGUACUUACCUGCUUGAAGAACUCGGACCCUCACGGAAACAACGCUCCAUGCAUUUACGAAAUCAAGACCUUAUACAAGAAUUGCCUCUCUAGGAAUCUUCGAAUUCGCUUUGUCUGGUUACCCAGCCAUAAGAACAUCGAGGGAAACGAAUCUGCGGAUCGGGCUGCCAAACGCGCUUUGCUCUCUCCUGAUCCCUUUCUAACGGCCAAGUGCCACUACCGGAAUUUAUAUUCCCGCUUUCGCGCCCAGGCACUAACAGAAUCAGUGAGAAAAAUUCUAACUGAGAGCACAGUCAAAGGAGUCACCUAUUUUAACAAAAAAAGGAACAUUCUUUCUCCACCUUGGUACUUGGAGCAUCGACACACCAUGCCUGCUCCUGUUAUUAAGCUUAUCUCUAGACUGCGGACCCGACACAUUUGCGUGGGCGCCUUUCUGGCUUCCAAGGGGAUCGUCGCCUCCUCUGACUGCCCAUGUGGACACCGACUGAAGGAUGCUGAUCACGUCUUUUUCCACUGCCCUCUUUAUCGGGACGACUCAGAUGCCUUAAUCAGCAAGCUCCACCGCAUAGAUCCUAUCUGUAACCUCAGCAUUGUGGACCUUGCCUUUUCCGACAAUGUGGACAUCUACAAAGCAUUACACAGCUUCGUCGUAGACACCCAAUUGCGCCUGUGAUCUCCUCUUGUACUUCCCUCUGCUUUUGCUCAGCCAAUCCGGACACAGCUUUUCUCUUUUUUGCCUUCCUCCAUUGGCUAAUUGCCUUCAUGCACGCACACUCAUUCGCGGCUUUUCCGUUGCAUCAUAGUUUCUCAUCUUUUUAUUUUAACAUGUCUUCUCAUUGGUUCUUUUUACUCGAAGAAUGGCGUAUGGGUAUAAAGGGCCCUCUAGCCAACAUCACACCGAACCGAACCGAACCGGCUUGCAGGGCUGAAAAGCGAUUGCACAUUCUCUCUUACAGGUCUGGGCUGUGUUCAGUUAAGCAAGAUGGAACGAACUAAUGGAGGAAAUGCAGGA